AUUGCGAUCACAAACACGUGUUCAGCACUCGUGUUGUCAACAAAUAUUUUGUGUCUUUUUUUGUGUGAUUCAACUCAACGGUGAUAUUCAAUGUAACCGCCGAUGACUGACAACGAGAUACUGGACGAGAGCUCGUGCUUCGAGACUCACUACCGCCAGAUAGAGAUCCCGUUGGAUCCCAAGUUCAUCGGUUCCGAAGAGCGCGCUAUUUCUCGCAUUUUAGACAAUAUGAAGAACCAAUACAAUCAUGAAUUAAAAGGCGUGUUAUUAGAUUACAGUCACUUGAAGUUCACCACAGACUUGGGUCGCAUUAUCGAUGACCAACCCGUGGUCUUCUGGACAAUUGGUGCCAAAUUCACAACAUUUAACGUAUCCGUCGGUCAACUGAUCCGAACUAAGAUCAAUAGGAUGGGCGCCUCAUAUUGUGGUGCAUUGAUCGGCACCUGUAUUGACGCCACCAUUAUGUUUGCCGAAGACGUGGACAAACAGGAACUGAUGGCAUACAUGCGAAUCGGACAGGAGAUCAUAUUCCGUGUGAACGGCUUCGACGCCAGCAAUAGUUUCAUCGAUGGCCUCAUUGAUGGCCAUUGUCUCCAACGAAUCAAAGAGACCAUUGAUUUGUCCGAAGAAUAUAACGAGACAUUCAGUCAGACGUCGUUUUUCACGUGAUUUUUGGUGCAUUU